AGUUUGUAAAUUAUUAAUAAUAAUAUUAUGCUGGUCUAAUUUUAAUUAAGAUAAUUAAUUGAUUUGAUAAAUAAUAUUACUUAUCAAUCUCUACAUUAUUGACGAGAAUUUUUUGAUAUUAAUACAGUGCUGUUAUCAAAAUUAAAAAUUAAAAAAUGCAUUUUAUUUGAAAAGAAAAAAAUCAUAAAAUUCCACAUCAAAUACAACUGAGCUGGAAAAAAUCGAAAUAAAAAUUUACUGAUAUCUUUACAUCGAAAUUUAAAUUUUCAAUUGUUCAAUAAUAUAGUGCAUUUUGAUAAAUUAGUGGCAGCACUGUCCAAUGUGCAGUUAAUCAAAUAAAUGUGUGUGAGAAUCAGUGAGAAUUGAGAGAAUAUAUGUAAAUACUAGCCCGUUAUAAAAACAUUGACUCAAUUGACAGUGACAGUACAAAUUGGUCAACAUUGAUGCUUGAAAGUUAUUCGUCAUCUUUGAUCGAUACGAGUUAAGUACACUUAUCAACAAUAUUUUUAAAAAAAUAAUAAAAAUAAAUAAACAAAUCACAAGUUAAAUUGUAAUAUUAAUUUUAAUAUCUCAAAACCCAAGUGAAUUGUGAUUACUAAAAAAUGAAGGCGAUUUUUUUCGCCCUGGCUGCAAUUGUGACUGUUGCAACAGCCGCAGUUCCAGUGACUCGUAAACAUCAACAAUUGUUGGGUGCCGAGGAGUGUACAUGGGGUCCAUCAUACUGGUGUAAAAAUUUGACGAGCUCAGCAAGAUGUGGUGCAACAAAGCAUUGUAUUACAAAACAUUGGUUAAAUAGAAAUGUUCCAGAAGACAAUGACAGUGUUUGUGAUAUUUGCAAGCAAAUGGUACAACAAGCACGUGAUCAAUUGACAAGUAAUGCAACACAGGAAGAUUUAAAAAAUGUAUUUGAAACAUCAUGUAAAUUGAUGCUCAUCAAACCAGUUAUUGAAGUAUGCGACAAGCUUGUUGAUGAAUUUGUUCCAGAACUUGUUGAAACAUUAUCAUCACAAAUGAAUCCAUCAGUUGUUUGUUCAGUAUCUGGACUAUGUAAUUCAAAAGAAAUUGAUCGACUUAUUGCUGAACAUGAAGCAUCAAAAAUUACGAUUAAGAAAGCAUCAGUUGUAUCAUUGGAAAAUGAUGAACUUGAACCUGAUUCAUGCACAGGUUGCUUUACAAUUGCAACACAUUUAACUGACAAAUUUAAAAAACAAUCAAAGGAUGAUUUACUUAAUAAAUUAUUUUCAAUAUGUGGACAAAUGGGUUCAUUCUCAGAUGCUUGUAUGUCUCUUGCUAUAACACACUUUGACAGUAUUCAUACUCGACUUGAUGAAGAUCUAACUCCAAAUAAUAUAUGUCAUUUUUCUGGUCAAUGUGUUGGCAAUUAUCAUAAACACGAAAAUUCAUCAGCUCCAGAAGUUGAAAUACGUCCAUUAUCAACAGUUGGAAUUGUUGAAAUAAAUGAUGAUCUUCCUUGUAAAUUAUGUGAACAAUUAGUUGGUCAUCUUAGAGAUCUUCUUGUUGCAAAUACAACUGAAAUUGAAUUUAAACAAGUACUUGAAGGAAUGUGUAAACAAACAAAAUCAUUUUCCACUGAGUGUAAAUCACUUGUUGAUGAAUAUUACACAAUAAUAUAUGAAUCAUUGACUCAUAAUUUAAAUAGUAAUGCUAUUUGUACAAUGGCUGGUAUUUGUCCAUCACCAGGUGUUAAAAAUAUUGCUGCAACACCUUUUAUGCCACUUUUACCUGUUGAAAAUAUAAAUAAAAAUCAUCAAAUAAUAUCUGAUAUUAAACAUAAAAAUCUUGGUGAACAUGGUAGUGGAAUUAAAAAAACAGAAGCUGAAGAAAUGCAAUUACCAUAUGAAAGAUAUGAGGGUGCAUUUCCAGCUUUAUUAAUGCCAAAUAUGGAUAAUAAAGGACAAGAAACAUGUGCAUUUUGUGAAUAUUUACUUCAUUUUGUACAACAAAUGAUAACAGAUCCAAAAAUUGAUGAUGAUUUUAAAAAUAUACUUGGUAAAGUAUGUAAAAAGCUACCUGAAUCAAUUCAAGGUACAUGUGAUGAAUUUUUACAAACUUAUGAAGAUGCUAUUGUUGCAUUACUUGCACAAUCAAUUGAUCCAUCAGUUGUAUGUCCAACAAUGCAUGUAUGUCCAUCAAUUGAUGCAAUGAAUAUGUGGGAAAAAAUACCAAAAGAUCUUAUGUUACAUAGUGAUGUUAAAGAAAAACCAAGUUGUCCAUUAUGUCUUCUUGCUGUUAGUGAAUUAGAAAAAGUUAUUAAAAAUGAUAAAACAGAAGAAAAUAUUGAACAUGCACUUGAUAAAUUAUGUACACAUUUACCAAAAGAUCUUAAUGAACAAUGUACAUCAUUGAUAAAAGGUUAUAGUAAAGAACUUGUUGAAAUGUUAAUUGCUGAUUUAUCACCAGAAGAAAUUUGUGUUUAUGCUAAACUUUGUGAUCCAACUAAAAAUGCUGGACCAUCUGUUGAAUUAUUUCCACUUGAUAAAGAUGGUGAAAUAAUGACAAAUGAAAUACCAAAUUAUCCAGUUGAUGUUAAAAAAAAUAUUAAAGAUGAUGGUAAAUGUGUUGCAUGUGAAUUUGUCAUGCAAUACGUUGAAAAAGCUAUGAAAAAUAAAUCAACAAAAGAUGAAAUUGAGCAUAUUGUUCAUAAUAUAUGUAAUUAUAUGCCAAAAACUGUAUCAAAAUCUUGUAAUAAUUUUGUUAAUCAAUAUGCUGAUUUGGUUAUUGAUAUGUUGUCAUCAGAAGUUAGUCCAAAAGAAGUUUGUACACUUCUUGGUUUAUGUCAAGCUGCUGUUCAACGAAUGAUUAAUUCAAUUGAUGAGUGUGCUCUUUGUCAAGCAAUGAUUUCUUCAAUUGAUACAGCAUUAACAAAUCCAAAAGUUGAUCAUGUUAUUGAAGAAAUUGUUGGUGAUGCUUGCAAAUAUAUUGCACCAAGUAAACAAGGAAAAUGUACAAUGAUGCUUGAAGUAUACGAACAGAGUAUUAUAAAUCUUUUAAAAUCUGGUAUUGAUACUAAAAAAAUAUGUGGAAAAUUAACACUCUGUUCAUCUGGAGAUUUUUUUGCAAUGUCAAAUUCACUAUUUCGUGACAGAAGAUUUGAUGCAAAUAUUCCUACAAAAUACUGCACAUGGGGAAAUAAAUAUGUAUGCUCCAAUGAAAAGAUAGCUGCUGAAUGCAAGUACACUGAAUAUUGCAAGAAAAAUGUUUGGAAUAAAUCACCAGCUCUUGACACUUUGUAAACAAUCUCCAAAAGCCACAUGGCACAGUGUUUUUUUUUCUUCCUUUUCUAUUCAUUUUAUUUUUAAGAAAAAAAAUAUUGUCGAGUUUGAAAUUAUGAAGGCUUUAUUCAUCAAUCAUUUAGAUACAAAAAAAAACUAAAUUUGUUUAUCGAAUAUUAUUUUUUUAUCAUUUUUUAUUUUGACAUUUGAUUAAGUGAUGAAUAAAUCUUUCUGUUUAAAAUAUACGACGAAAGAUUAAAAUAAAAUUUAAAGUUAUAAUUAAUAUUGUAGAUGUGUAACUACAUGCCUUUGCUUAUCAUAUUCGCUUAUGAUAUUUUGCUAUGAUUAAAAAUGGUUUGUAAACCUUUAAAAAAAUAUCAUUAUCUCAAGUUUGUACGAUUUACAACUAAACAUAAUUAAAAACAUAUUAUAAUUUUCAUUUUUCUUUUAAUUUUUUUCGUUUAAAAAUAAGUUAAAUAUUUACUAUUACUUAGAAUAUAAUAAUUCGUUACAUGUAAAUUAACUGUGAUAACGAUUAAAUAAAAAAAAAUAUUAAAAAUCA